AUGGCGAAUAAAAGUGGCAUGUUCCUUCAACCAGAACAACGUUUGUCUCUGAUCGUGGACAUCCAACGGGAAGAGAAAGAUGAAGUCAAAAGUGUAAGAGUCGACAGCUCAAAUUUCGGCACUGGUUGCCUAUGUUGCAGCGAAGAUGAUGAUCAUGCAAACAUAUUACUGUGCGAGGGGUGCAACGGUGAGUAUCAUACUUACUGUUUAGACCCUCCGCUGCGCUCCAUACCGACAGGAGAUUGGUACUGUUGCAAAUGCAAGGUUCUGUCACUCGAAGCAGACGGUCUAGAUCAGCUUAUUGGUGCCUUGCCCUCUACUGUCAUACAAAGAUUUUCGGAGGUCUGCUGGGCGCAAGGGGGUAUAGGCUUUGGAUAUUGGCCUGCAAUAAUUUACGAUCCAAGAUUGGCAGUUGGAAGCGCUCGACUAUUGGCCAAGAAGCAUCUCGGGAAACGAUACCUGGUUUUCUUUUUUGAGUGUCACGACGCUCCAUUCACAGUGCUAGCCGAGUCAAAAAUUCAAAGAUGGGAAGGUGGUCUAGUCGACGACUUACAUUUAGGCAAAACAGCAAGAUCGUCUGGCAAAUUGCGGUUCCAGGCGUUUCAACAAGCCCUUCAGGCAGCACGAAUUGAGGCAGGGAAACCGAAAAUUCUACGAAUGGAUUGGAAUCAUAAAAAGUUGUCGUAUCCAAGCCCCAAGGAUAGAAAAUCGAAUCCGUUGACGAAUCUGAAAAGGGAAAGAGAGGAAAAGACCGUUCAGGCCUCACCACGUCGACUGAAAAGAGGGUUCAAAUUGUUGUCGUCAGCCGAUGAUUCAGAAGGCAGAGCACAAAGUUCCAACCUCUUCUUUUCAAUUGAGAAUAUCAUUGGUUAA